AUGGCGGCCCUGGCGAGUUCCCUGAUCCGGCAGCCCGGGGGGGGGAAGGACGCGCCCCCCCCGCGCGCCCCCGGCCCCGCGCGCGCCCCCGGAGCCCCCAGACCCCCGUCCCUGUGCCAGCAGCAGCUGCGGGGGCUCGUGGCCAAAGUGAGGGGCUGCGGCCGGAGGAGGAGACCCCGAGAGAAACCCCCCGAACCGCAGCUCCGCGGGGCCAUCGCGCGGCUCCGGGGUGGCCACGGCCACUUCCUGCACAUGGGCCCGGACGGGCGGCUGGACGGAACCUGGGAGGAGGCGGGGCCUGGCACGCUGUUUAACCUGAUCCCGGUCGGGCUCCGCGUCGUGGCCAUCCAGGGCACCCGCGCCGGGCGUUACGUGGCCAUGAACGGGGCCGGCGUCGUCUACGCCUCUGUGCACUUCACGCCCGAGUGCCGUUUCAAGGAGUGCGUGUUCGAGAACUACCACGUGCUCUACGCCUCGGCUCUGUACCGGCAGCGCCGCUCGGGCCGCGCCUGGUACCUGGGGCUGGACCGGCACGGCCGCCCCAUGGCCGGGCCCCGCGUCCGCAAGGACAAGGCGGCCGCGCACUUCCUGCCGCAGCUGCUGGAGGGUUUCAACCCCAAAAUCCUCUGGGACCCCGAAAUCCCGGGGUUUCAACCCAAAAUCCUGGGGUUUGGGACCCAAAAAUCCUGGGAAUUGGGAGCCCAAAAUCCUCCGGGUGACGAGAAGAACGAGGAGAUGACGACGAAAGUUUACCUGAACCUGAGCUGGCGGGACCCUCGGCUCUCCUGGGACCCCCGCGAGCACGGGGGGGCGGCGGCGCUGCGCGUGCCCGCCGAGCACAUCUGGCUGCCAGAUGUGGGGCUGGACAACAACAAUGACGGGGAAUUCGGGGUGUCCCUGGGGGUCCGGGCCAUCGUCAGCCCCGACGGCACCGUCACCUGGAGACCCCCGGCCCUGUUCCGCAGCCGCUGCCCCAUCCGGGUGAUUCUGGGGGAAAUUCGGGCGAUUUCGGGGAUUUGGGGGGGUCCCGGGGGGAUUUUGGGGGGAAUUCGCGGGGUUCCGGGAGGGGAUUUUUGGGUGUGUUUGGCGGGAUUUUCGGGCUCUCAGGUGCGUUUCGAGCUCCCCCAGGUGUGUUUUAGGGUUUUUUGGGUGUGUUUGGUGGGAUUUUCGGGCUCUCAGGUGCGUUUUGAGCUCCCCCAGGUGCGUUUUGAGCUCCCCCAGGUGCGUUUCGAGCUCCCCCAGGUGCCUCACCUGUCCACCCCCGCAGAGAACGGGCAGUGGAGCCUCGUUCACCGCUCGGGGGGCACCUGGGGCCCGGCGGCCGCACCUGCCGGCGUCUCCUUCCACCUGGUGCUGCGGCGGAAGCCGCUCUUCUACCUGGCCACGGUGCUGGUGCCGUGCGUGCUGGUGACGCUGCUGGCCGUGGGCGUCUUCCACCUGCCCCCCGACGCAGGUGAGAAGAUGUCUCUCUCGCUGUUCGCCCUGCUCACCUUGACGGUGUUCCUGCUGCUCCUGGCCGACAAGGUUCCGGCCACGUCGCUGCAGGUGCCGCUCAUCGGCCGUUACCUGACGGUGACGCUGGUGCUGCUGGCGCUGGUGGUGGCGCUGAGCGUGGGCGUGCUCAACCUGCACCACCGCUCACCUGGCACGCACGGGAUGCCCACCUGGGCCCGCCAGGCCCCGAAAUCCCCGGAAUUGCCCCCAAAAUCCCCCCCGGAGCUGCGCGAGGCGGCGGCCGCGACAGCCGCGAUCGCCCGGAGCCUGCGCGAGAGGGAGCGGCGGCAGCAGGCGCAGGACGAGUGGCGCGCGCUGGCCAUGGCCGCUGACCGUCUGUGUCUCUGGGCCGUGCUGGCGCUGACCGGGGGCUGCGCGCUGGGGACGGCGCUGGACGCGGCGCUGCACCGGCCCCCCGACACGCCCUACCCCUGAAAACACCCCAAAAACACCCCAAAACACCCCAAAAACACCUGAAAACACC